UCAGCCUCUGUAUGAAACAUGCCGCUUUAGCUCCUGUUUCCUUACGGUGUGUGAUAUGAUGAUAUUAGAUCAUGGAAAAUUAAAAUGUCUCCACGAUCUGCCUUUACAGAGAGAUCAUGAGUACCGUGCUACAGUGAACAUCGUAUCAGUUCAGCUCCGUGACGGCACGCAGUCUGCUAGCAGGACGCUAACAUGUAACACCACCAACAUGGACGAGCGCCUUGUACCACAUCUCCAAUCUGCCGGAAAAAUCUACAGCAGUUUUAGGAAGUUCACCUGCUGCACAUCAUGUUAAACUAACAGCUGGGCUGCAGGCUUACAGGCACUGGUAUCCACAAGGUGGCUCGGAAGGUCCUGACCAUCAACAGGUAUUUACCUGAUGGUGACAGAGACACUCAGGUGCACUGAACUAUCUGUCGAUGAGUCAGACUGUCCGGGACCAGCUGGGCCUGCCGCACCAGAAAAUGUUCCGGCUGAUCCUGACCCACAAAUUUCAGGGAUGCUUCUGACAUUGGAACUGGACUCUCGGCAACAGUCCAGCACGACUGGUAAAUCAGCUUAAGGAGAACCACGGGGAGGAAUGGCUGACCUGGUUGGCACACUAUCUUGGGGAGUGUGCUGACUUUGUGGAUCAGCCCAGCCUCUUCCCAGUGGUGUGCCAGGAGCACCAGGAGCCCAUCAACAUCCUCACCAAUCGCUGGCUGCUGUCCAUGUACGGCAGGGCCAUCCUCUCCCACGUGGACCAUAUUAAGGCCAGCGUCACCUCCACAAAAGAUCAAUCAAAAAGGAGAGCUGCUUGGUGUUGACUACCUGCUGAGUCAGACUGGACAGCCCCUGAAGACUAUUGUUGCCCGGCUUUGAUGCAGGGGGUUUCAGGAACAGCUUGCCUAAGCUCUCAGGGAAGAAGGCAAAACUCUACAACAUCCAGGAGGUGUUCACCAAGGAGUGCCAGAAGCUCACAAAGGAACUCCAACUCAGGGAUCUCAUCAUCGACAGCUUCAUUCCCUUAGAGGAGAAAAACAAGAUUGUCAGCGGGGCUUUCUUUGAUGAGGAGGAUGAAUGCUGGAAGAUAAGGCAGAUGCAUCCAGCAGUGAGAACACACAUGAACCAGCCAGCUUGGGGAGUAUGUCAUCCAGAGUGGCUUUCUGAGAGAAAAAAAUGGCAGAAAGAAUAUUGACGACAAUCUCAUCCAUUACUCGUAAUAAGAACCCCUUCGAACUCCCCGGAACAUAUGAAUUCAUGAAGGUUUUGGGACAAGGCGGUUUUGGACUGGUGCUGAAAUGUCUUAAGAAAGACACUAAAGACAUUGUGGCUGUAAAGAUCCCCAGACACGACCACAGCGCUACUGACAUCAAGGAGUUUUCUAUGCUGCAGAACUUGAUGCACCACAACUUGGACAAAUGCAAUAUUGUCAAGUUUUAUGAUUGGUUUGAGGUGAGGAAUGGAAAGGCGCUGGUCUUCGAGUCGUUGGACAUCAGUUUAGACGACUACAUUUACUAUCAUCACCCAUUAUGUCUGAGUAAAAUCAGAGUCAUCGUCCAACAGUUGGCCACAGCAUUCGACGCACUCAAAAGAAUCAGAGUGAUCCAUACUGAUGUCAAACCAGACAAUAUAAUGGUGGUGAAUCGCUGGACUAAUCCCCUCAGAGUCAAGCUGAUAGACUUCGGCUUGGCCAUGCCCACAACUCAAGCCUGGACGGGCAUGAGAUUGCAGACAGUCUACUUCAGGGCUCCAGAAAUCAUUUUGGGCCUUCCAUUUUCGGAGGCCAUUGAUAUGUGGUCACUGGGAGGUGUGCUGGCUGCCAUGAUCCUCGGCUGUAUACUGUUCCCUGCAAAAGAUGAAUAUGAAGCAAUGCGAUUCAUGACUGAACUCCUGGGUCAGCCGGCGGACGAUCUUCUGAGGAAGGGAAGGAAAACACACUGUUUUUUUAACAAGACUGACACCAACAGCUGGAGGCUAAUGACACCUGAGGAGUACAGGGGGAAAGAUACUCAGCCUUACGUAGACCGCAGGAAGUACAAAUAUCCCUCUCUGGAUCAUCUGAAACAGAUUCAUCGGGAGGAUAGAUGUGAUGAAGCUGCGGAUCGGGAUCAUUGUACUGAGCUUUUGAAGGCAAUGCUCAAAAUAGAUGAGGCUGAGAGGAUUACCCCUAGUGAAGUCCUCACUCAUCCUUUCAUUGCACAAGGCUGCAACAACUCUCGCAAUGAAGCUCCAGAGGCAGCAGCUGCUCAACCCAGCCAGACCCAGACCCAGACCCAGACCCAGACCGAGUCCGAAGUGCCAGCAGAGAAGACCACAGUAGAUGAGAGGACAUGUGGAGCCCUCAGUCCAACUUCCACACAGCUGCCGUUAAGUCAGGAGAGCGCAAUCAGUGAGGUGCUAGCUUCAGCCAGUGAGCACCCUGUUUGUGACCCUCCUGCCCCUGCUCUGACGGAUGAAGCCACCAACAUCCACCCAGACCACCACAGUCGCUCUCCAAAAAUUUCACGGACGGUUAUAAUUGUGGUUCGUCCUGCCACAGCCGAGAACACCGUGGCACUGGAAAGUGAGGAGAGUGACACCAGUUCGCAGUCUGGGAUGUUAGAGUCUUCGCUGGAAGUCAGUGACAGUGACAUGUCUUGGACAUCUGAGGACUCCACCACAUCUGAUGACUCCAGGACCACAGAGGAGGAGGACAAGAAAAUGACAAAGAAGAAGAAGAAGAAGAACUGCUUCCGGCGCUUCUUCUCUUGGAUGAAGAAGAACUUUUGCUGCUGCUGGACUGGUGUCGAAGAGGACGAUUUAGGUAAGAAGGGAGGAUCUGUGAAGGUUUUUAUUGCAUGAUUUUCUAUAAAAACCUUCGCAGAUCUUCAAGGUGAGUUGGACACUCUAAAUUGUAUAGGUAUGUAUAAGUAUUCAGUGAAGAAAAUACUUUUAAGAGUAGGCAUAAAACUUUCCUUUUUGAUAAAGCUUAUAGUUAGGACCGCCCAGGCUCACCUUGGAUCAGCCCUUAGUUAUGCUGCUAUAGGCCUAGACUGCCUUCCCAUGAUGCAUUGAGCUCCAGUCUCCUCCUCCUCCUCCUCUCCAUCUGUAUUCAUUCAUGUACCAUUAAUGCAUGUAACUAACUUGGCUUCUUCCCUGGAGUUUUUUGUGCUUUCUCAUCUCGCAGGAAACCGUGGGUUGCAGGCCGAGCCUUCACGGUCCUUCGCAGUACUGUUAGUGUCCUUCCCUGGCUAUUGCUGCUGUUAUUGUUAUUGUUAUUGUUAUUGUUAUGAUUGUUGUUAUUCUUGAUUGUCUUUACUCUGAUGCUGUCAAAAAUA